AUGACUCCUACUUCUUAUGCUUCCUCAAGCCUGCUGUGCCUCGAUACUCACCAUUCCAAUGCCUACGAUGAGAACAUGAAGUUGAAUUUGCAGGUAUUGAACAAAGAAGUGUUGAAUGAAGACGUGUUCAACCAAGCAGCGACGAUUGAUCCUCGCCUCACCAGCCUUGACUGGCAAUGGAGUGCGGAGAGUUUUGGGAUUGAAAUGGACACGAUGCGAUCUAUGCCUUAUAUGGGGGGCUCACAAGUAGUCUCGUAUGUGGGUGGAGCCACUUCUAGUUGCAUUGUGCAAACGGCGACGGCGACCAAUCAGGUCAAUUCUGCUCAACUUUCUCAGAGACUGCGAUUUGAUGGCUCCUUCGCAGCGAACGCUUAUGAUGAUGGUCAGAUUGCUAUUGCACAACACGGUCGCAGAUACAACCAUUUAUCAAUGCUCAUACUGCGAAUGUACAACCGAAUCCCGAAGAAAAUGGAAUCUCAAGAGACAAAUUGA